CUAACGUACAGUUUGUGGCAGCAGCGGCAGAAGUGAGCGGCAGCACAUUCACCGACAGCUUGGAGCUCUGUGCAUCUGAUACGUCCUGCAAAUUCAUUUUAAGAGUGAAAAGUAAAGUUCAACGUUGACACAGAACCAUGGCGAGCGAAGGCGGUCUCGGACCGGAUGCGGCCGCAGGAGCAGGUGGUGACGGAACGGUCGGAGGACCCAGAACACCGCAGCAAAUCGCGUCGUCGAAAAGGCUGCAGCAGUCACAGGCUCAGGUCGACGAAGUUGUCGGUAUAAUGAAAACGAACGUCGAAAAGGUCUUAGAACGUGAUCAAAAACUUUCCGAACUAGAUGAUCGAGCAGACGCUCUGCAGCAAGGUGCGUCACAAUUUGAACAGCAGGCAGGAAAAUUGAAGCGGAAGUUCUGGCUACAGAAUUUGAAGAUGAUGAUCAUCAUGGGAGUUAUCGGUCUCAUCAUAUUAGCUAUCAUCGUUGCAAAGUUUAUGCCAGACAGUGCCCCACCCCCGCAGCAGCCAAAUUAUGCUUACAUGCCACAGCCACAAGGGAUACCUCAAACUGGUCCAGUGGGAGCUACGGGUGUCGGAGGAGCACCAGCCCCUGCGACAGGAGGUCAAACAGCUGGAGCAGCGCUAGUUGGUUCAUUGACUGGCUCUCACAAUAUCAUGUAAGAUUUAUCCACACACACGAGGAUGCUGACAAGUUGAAAUGCCGUUAACUCUACUAUAGGAUAUAAAAUAUUUCUAAAGAGUAAUUUCUAUCAACUUGUAACUCUAUAAAUUUGGCCAACUUAUAAAUUCAAUCUUAAUACAGAUAUUGAUCGUACAAGAUGUUUGUCCAUAAAUUGACAAACAUUGAAUCAUUGAUAUCUUAUAAGUAUUGCACUAUUUCAAAGCAGUCUUGUGUGAAUUUUUUUCAAACAAAAUCGACGCGGUCAAAUCAACUGUAAUUCUGUACAACAGCAUUGGAAGAAAUAUUUAUUACAAAUACACCUAGGUGCCAUUGUAACAAUAAUUAUUAAAAUUGCUUUUAUCGUUAUUACUUCUGUUGUACUAAUUAUUGUUACUGAUAUUAUUGAUCUACUGCUACAUGUUCGACGAGUAUACAAAUAUUCUACAACUUUGCGUUGAUGUCAGUUGAUUACUUGAAUAUUGGUCAGCCCCCUGGAUAUUACUAUCAUCGAAGAAUGCUAUAAUAUAAAUAUACCUAUUACAAAAUGUCAAUACAGCAAUCAUUUAACGACGACACGUAAAACAUAAUGAAGACACUUACAGCCGCGUACUUUAAUAUAUUCAUUCUAGGAGGUAUUAUUAUGAAUAAUAUAGGCAUACACCCUUCUAUAUACUAUAAAUUGUAUACCUACUAAGCGUUUGUUAUCUAACAAAUAAAUUUAUUAUCAUUAUAUUGUAGUGUGCCAGCUAUAAUUAUUAAUAGAUAAAUAUAAUAUACAUACACAUUAUGUAUUAUAUAAUGGAGGGUGCAGUUAUUAUUUUUCAACAAUUUUUCCUGUCAACAUUCUACAGAUUAUACAUACAUAUGUACGUACCUAAUCUGUUGACACUCCAACUCUGGCCUAUAUUUUUGUUAUUAUUAUUACAGUAAAACAAAAAUGUUGCUUGUAACAAAAAUCCGAUUACGUUAUUGAUCAUUGUAAAGAAUCAUUGCUAUACAUAUAGCUGUGAGGAAAUUUUUUUUAUAGUAUCUGUUAGGUAAAGAAGAAAAAAACAAGGGGUAUGAUAAUGAUACACUAAUUCUAUAUUAAAAUUAGUUUUCCUAUAUGAAUACAUACAUUACUUACUCGUACGUGUUUCUUAUCUACUAAGACUUAUCGGGAAAAGAAAAUCUAUGAUCAUCCUUCUAAUUUGAAGUAAAGACCUGAAAGAAUUAUAUGAAAACGUAAACACUUGCAUGUGAUAUUCUAUUUUAUCCUGUUAUAAGAUUUAUUUCAGCUUUUUCAUCUACCUGCAUUAUUUAUUGUAAUUGGCAUUAUUAUUACUAUGAAUAAAUACAGCUAUAAUAACUGUAAAAAUAAAUGUCAAACUGAAUUCAAUAACACUAUCGAUAUUACCGUAAGAAAUAAAUAGUACAUAAAAUGUAUACUAUAAGCGCCAGUAGGAAAAAUCUCAUUAUAUUGUAAAUCAGACUUCGAAAAAUAAAAUGGUAAAGAAGAAUUUUAACGAUUCCAAAAA